CUAAAAGCUGAAGCAGUAAUGCACCAAUGACGGAGCACUGCUAGUCUUUAUACAUCCAUGGCCUCUGUGCAAAUGAUUCCAGACUCUUACAACUAUGUGCUGGCAGAGUUUGAAUGUUUGGAUCCGUUGCUUUCUGCACUCAGGCUGGAUUCUAGUCGCCUGAAGUGCACGUGCAUAGCCGUGUCCAGGAGAUGGUUAGCUCUAGGCACUUCAGGAGGAGGACUGAACCUUAUACAGAAAGAAGGUUGGAAGCAGAGGCUCUUUCUGACUCAUAAGGAAGGUGCCAUUUCCCGGAUUGCCUGUUGUUUACAUGAUGAAGACUAUGUUGCUGUAGCCACUAGCCAAGGUCUUGUAGUAGUCUGGGAGUUGAAUCAGGAACGUCGUGGGAAGCCAGAAAGGAUUUACGUUUCCUCUGAGCAUAAGGGCAGAAAAGUCACAGCUCUGUGUUGGGAUACAGCUGCGCUUCGGGUUUUUGUAGGAGAUCAUGUGGGAAAAGUAUCAGCUAUCAAGAUUAACACAUCAAAACAAGGCAAGGCUGCUGCCACUUUUGUGAUGUUUCCUGUUCAGAUUAUAACCACUGUAGACUCUCGUGUAGUUCAGCUUGAUUAUUUGGAUGGAAGACUGCUCAUAUCUUCACUUACACGUACUUAUUUGUGUGAUACUGAGAGAGAGAAGUUCUGGAAAAUUGGUAACAAAGAAAGAGAUGGAGAAUUUGGAGCCUGUUUCUUCCCAGUUGGAAAGAACGGUGGGAAUCAGCAGCCAUUGAUAUAUUGUGCCCGGCCUGGCUCAAGGAUGUGGGAGGUGAACUUUGAAGGGGAAGUGCGAAGCACACAUCAGUUCAAGCAGCUGCUGUCAUCACCGCCUCUCCCUGUUGUUACUCUCAGGCUGGAUCCUCAUUAUACUGGUUCCAGCUGUUCUCCACAAUCUUUAUCUUUCCCCAAGCUCCUAUAUUUGACUGAGCACUGUGUAAUGACCUGGACGGAAAGAGGCAUUUAUAUCUUUGUUCCCCAAAGUGUUCAGGUCUUACUCUGGAGUGAAGUAAAAGAUAUUCAGGAUAUCGCAGUUUACAAAAAUGAACUGUUCUGUCUGCAUACAAAUGGAAAAGUUAUACACCUCUCCCUUCUGCUGGUAGACCGUUGCAUAGAGCGUCUGAUGAGAAGAGGGUUCUGGACCCUUGCUGCCAGGGUCUGUUGUCUCUUCCAGAACUCAAUUAUUUCUUGCAGAGCAAGAAAAAAUUUGCCUCUAGACAAGCUGGAGCACUUGAAGUCCCAGCUGGAUAUCUCAACCCAACAGGAUCUUAUUGCCCAACUGGAAGAACUGAUUUCAAAGUUGGAACCUCCAGAUUCUGCAUGCAGCAGUAGGAGGAGCAGUAUUUCAUCUCAUGAAAGCUUCAGUGUCUUAGACUCUGGAAUAUAUCGUGUUAUUAGUCGAAGAGGCAGUCAGUCAGAUGAAGAUUCAUGUUCUCUCCACAGUCAAACGUUCUCAGAAGAUGAGAGACUUAAAGAAUUUCCUGUACACCAGGAAGAUGAGCAGGUGGAACCUGACAGCGUAUCUCAUGCAUCUGUGGCGGUUGAGGCUGAUCGGAAUGAGACAUUUCUCCCAUUCAGUAUUCCUUUGUCAUUUCGUUCCCCAUCUCCUCUCGUCUCUCUCCAAGCUGUCAAGGAAAGUGUUUCCAGCUUUGUACGCAAAACUACUGAAAAGAUUGGCACCCUUCAUGUAAGUCCUGAUAUUAGAGGGCGGCAAGAAGCAAAGGAGGAUGAGCAGCUGCAGGAGGUGACUGUUAAUGUAGUAGCAUCUCCCCAGGAAGAGAAAGAAUCAGAGCCACAGAGCUGCCAGCUUCCAGAAGACGACCAUCUAAGAGACCUUAAGGCCGCAACAGCGGAGGCUGUAGCCAAACUCCAGGAUCCACUGGUUUUGUUAGAACCGCAGUGUAUGAGAAGAGUUUUACAGGAAUGGCUUUUUUAUCUGGAAGAAAAGUUUGGCAGCAAAGAGUGUUCUGCUCCAUCUGUUAAGAAAAGCAAGACUGUGUGCGUUGAAGAACAGCGGGAAGCCCUGCAGCCGGAAAACCUGCAACCGGAUCUAAAUGGUGAAGACAGCGUAGACAAAGAACAGAGUGGUAUCCUGGAAGCCUGCACUGUGAAAGAAAAUACUGUUGAAACCUGUGUAGGCAAAACUGUGUGUGAAAAUAACGUUAAUUCAAUGGGAACUUUGGACUGCUGCUUUCAAGUGUCUCCUCCAUGUGACAUAGAACAGGACGUUCAGAAAGAUCUCACUGAGUUGACAACGCUGUGUUUUGAGCUAUGUGUAUUUUGUUGUGGAAAUGGCAAUGCAGAGGAAAGUUCUGAUCAAACUCUGACACUAGCAGCUUCAUGGACCUUGGCUUGUAGGUUUAUACAAAGCUACUUCUUUCUUCUGGAUUUGAAAAGACUAAAGCAGUGUAUUAUAACCAGUUAUGCAAACAGUCCUAAUGUGUGGGAAACAUACAUGGCAGGAUUGAAAGAAUUAACUUGUCACAGUCCAGUGGUUUUGGCAAUGGAAAAUGAAGAUAUGUUGAAGCUACUGAAACAGCUGCAUGAUUUGGGGCCUUGGGAAGAUAGCCCUCUGUUACUGGCGCAUGCUCAAAGGCUUUAUGAAAAGUUUGGGGAAACAGCUCUUCGGCCCUUGAUCAAGUUCCACCCCUCUAUCUUGCCUUCAGAUAUCAGGCAGCUUUGCAGGAAUGACCCAGCUCACUUUUUAGCAUAUUUAGAUAGUCUUGUGAAAUCAAAGCCAGAGGAUAAAAGGUCAUCUUUCCUUAGAUCUCUUCUGCAGCCUGAAUCAUUACGACUAGAUUGGCUGUGCCUGGCAGUUUCUCAUGAUGCACCGCAAAGAGCAAAUACUGUGGAGGGGGAAGGCAAUCCCAGGCCACGAUCCCAUUUGUUUACUUGGGGCUACAGUCAGCUAAUUCUGCUUUUGAUUAAACUUCCAGCUGACUUUGUAACAAAAGAGAAGAUGGCUGACAUCUGUAAAUCAUAUGGAUUCUGGCCUGGAUAUCUUUAUCUCUGUCUGGAGCUGGAUAGAAGAAUAGAAGCCUUUACUAAUAUUGCUCAUUUGGAUGAUUUGAGCCUGUUGAAUGGAGAAGAUGGUUUGAUUCCAGAGACUGUAGAAGAGUGGAAGUUUCUUCUGCAUCUUGCAGAAAAACACAGCGCUGCUUUUCACCAUCACGGCAUACAGAAUGGGAAUGCCGUCAGCAAUGGUAGCUCUAGCUGGGCAAACUGCAUCACUGUGGAAAACGUAUCUCUCUUAUUGGCAAAGGCAGUUGGCCCAAAUCGUGCCUUGCCUCUGUUGCAGGAGUGUGGCUUCUCCCUAGAACUGUCUGAGAGAUUUACUAGUGUGUGUGAGAUACUGAGAAUUGCUGAGAAAAGGCAGAGAGCCCUGAUUCAGUCCAUGUUGGAAAGGUGUGACCGGUUCUUGUGGUCUCAGCAAGCAUAAAAAACAAUUCAGAAAACUUUGGGAACAUAUUUUUUACUGUAACUAUUGUAUAUUCAAGUGCCUCUUAAACUUCAUAGGCUCUUAAAGAAAUGAACUCCUCUCUAAUAAUUUCACUAUUUUCACUUUCCAUCUGGGAGGUAUCCAGGAGUUCCUGACAGUUCUUCCUAAUUCCUUUGGAAAUGAGUUUUGAACUCCACAGCUUAAAUUGAAACAAUCCGGUAUUUAUCUUGAAAUUAUGCUUAAAGACUUGAGAUGAAAAUUCCUGAUUUUUUUUUUUUUUCCUUCUGAGUCUACCCGAUUUAAGUGUUAAAGAUGGGAGCGCCUAAGUAUUAAAUUACUGUAUAUAAAAUUCAUUUUGUGUUUGUUGCAAAAACGAGCAGCCAUUCUUGGGAAAUAGCGACGCGCAUGCUUGUUUCAUUUUCCUGUAAAUGACGUUGAUUUUUAUCAAGUAGCUACAGGGAAUGCUUGUUGCAGUAUCUGUUUUUUCUCUCAAAUUAUAUGGACUGUUCUUGCCAAUUUGAAAGUGCAUUAGAGGAGCCAAGUCUUAAAAUGGGGGGGAGUAUUUUUUCAGGAGUGCAGAAAUUGAUUAAAAAUGAUUAAUCGAAGAUUUUAAGUGAACUAAACGUUAAACUGUCUAAGCAUGGUAUUUCUAAAUAGCUGGUAUCUGUUGGUGAAAUACGACUGCAGACUUCACCUGUGGUAUUUCAACAGAACUUUAGGACACGGUAUUCCCCAGUGAACGUUGACCUUUCUGGAAAGUGAGAGGAUCACAUGCCUUAUUUUAAUUACCUUUUCAAAAAGCUGGAAGUUUAGACAAGUAUUUUUAGAUGGAUGCUAUCAAGCAAAAACUCUUUUAAAAUAUCUGUGAUAAGAUGAAUGUUCAUUAAAGCACUUAAUUUUUCAUGUACAGAACUAUGCUUUGUACUAGCACCGUUUAUGCACUUAAUACGUAUUUGGGCAGGUUUCUUUAUAGGCUUCUGGUUUUGGCCCUUCUCACUGUUAGACUAUCACUUUUUUAGCACAAGGCUGUGGUGUCUGGUCAGUAGUUGAUCUUUGCAGGGGUCCUUUAGGAAAAAAAAAACAACCAAAAAAACAAAAAAAUUUAACACAUGAAUUACUCAUAAAUUUUAUUCCUCCUAAAACUUGUAAAUUUUCUCAUGAAAUGACUUGAAAGUAUUUAUUUUUAAAGAUCAAGAAAGCAUCUUACUAUGUAGUUUUGCAGAAUGUAUGCUGCUGCAAAACAAUGCUUUUUUUAUUUUCAUCAAAAACAUGACAGAGUAAUGCAGCUUUCGAACUUUGUGAGGUGCAGUGUGACUUUUUCACCUCAGUUGCUGCAAAGACUUUAUGGUAGAGGAUUGGUUACUUUACUAGAGGAAAUUAUGUCAACAGGUAUAGAAUUAGCGGCAGGCUUUCAGCUGUUAAUGUUAUUGCUUGUGGAAAAGCAGUUAAGUAUUUAAACAUUUCAAGUGUUUUGUGUGGUUUUAGAUUUUGGAAUUUGGAAACAGCAUAGAUCCUACUAUCAGAAACACCCCAUGCUGCUACAGUAAGACUGUUGGAAUAGGAGCCAGGCACCUUCAGUUGUUACUCUGCAUCAUGUGUGUGAUGAGAUCCAAACAAAUCAGGUGACAGUGGUGCCUGUUUUCUUAUCUGCUGGAUGAGCAUGUUGCUACCUCAGUCGGUCUUACUGUUAACUAACAGUGUUUAACAUAGUACUUUGAAGUAGUACAACUUUAGCUGAGUACCAAGUGUUCCCAUCUUGGGGGGAGCGAAGCUUGGUACAUUCUCAGAAAGCUGACUUUCUCUUUACUUACUGUUUCACAUUAUUUUGUUCUUUAGGAAGCUUGUAUACAUAGCAGCUUUUCUCACUUGCAUGGGUUUUUUGUAUGCUUCUUGAAGUUAUGGUGGGGUUUGGGCUUUUUUUUUUUUUUAAACAAUAAACCGUUAACUUUCAGCACAAAGCUUUUUCAUUUUGUAUAGGAAUGGGCAUACAUCUAACAAUGGCAAGUGUAAAAUCUAACAGUAUCUAAAGUAAGCUUGUGCUGACAAUCUCAACUAACUUGGGUAUUAAUAAAGAGUAAGAACGUACUCUUUGGAGAAGAGUAAGAAAAUUGUUUUUUCCUGUUCUUGAUGCACGUAUUUUCAUGUAUUGGUAAGGUGAAGAAUAUAGGAAAUGAAAUGGUCUCAUCAUUGGAACAUCCCAGUUGUACAGGGCAGCACCAUCAUCCUAAAGCUUCCUCGAGGAUCGCACUGGAGACGUGACUCAGUGCCUACCAGCUGCAGUCAGCCACCCAGGCGGUGGCUGUAUGCCACUGAUGGUUUGGGCCGACCUGCACUGAAGCAGAAGAGUAUGCUCAUCUUGUGUUUUGCUAGCUGACCAUUAGUGGCAGGGGCCCUGAAGAAGCACAGAUGAAUAAAGUCUGGAGAGACAGUAAAAAGAGGCUCCUCUUAAAAAUGCCCCACAUGUGCCUCAAAACAUUAUUUUACUGUUAGAAUCAUCACUAAAACUUACUGGAGUAUCCAUUUUAUUUAAGAUAAACAUCUAUAAGCGCAAGAGAGACCAAGUUUACAGUCAUUCUGCAAGCAAACUGAGGUUGACAGGUAUGGUAUUAGUAAAUAUUUCAUACAGCAGUAUGACAAAAUUCCCUGACGUGAACUUAAGAUAAGGUAGUAUAGUUUCCCAGAAUCCAGAAUAACUGCAUGUGCUAUUGUGCCUGAGCUGGUAAUUCACUUCAUCCUAUUUCUCAGUUGGAGGUUUAUUGAUUUGGAUUGCGAAAUAACUAGAUUGCAGACUGUAGGUUGCAUUUAUAGAUGUUUACAAUUAAAGGACAAACAGUUUGAGGGGUGGAUUUUCCAAAUAGCUUUUAUCUUAAAUAUAUCAGAACGUACACCCUUGGAAGAAAAUCCCUGAGGGGCCCCUAGCUGUGUUAUGUUGGCCCAGUGUGUAAAUACUACAGUACACCCACAGUGUGCGUGUUUUGUGCUAGGCCAGAAAGGACUAUUCCAUUCAAACCCUUCUGCAUGCUCAUGGUUGUGCUACUUGCAGAAGAUUUUGGUUUGGAGCACACGUGGAACAAAUGAGAUCAGAAGUACCCUCUGAACCAAAAAUGUCUGAGCACGGGCAGGGAAGCGUUCCUUAAGUCAGUUUUGCAGGCAGUGCUGUGUUCUAGGUCCCUGGUCACAAUGGCAUGUGCGUUAUUGAGCUUGUACCCCCCUACCUAAAGGAAACAUUUUCCAGUCU